AUGCCCAACGACCGGCCACCCGUCGGGGUGCCAGCUUCCGGGGGGGCCACCUCCCCCCCCGGAGCCGGCCUUGCAGUGCCGGCUUUGGCGCCGGAGCUCGAGGGGCCUCUACGCACGCCUCCAGCGCCGAGAUCGGCAUCGGACCCCAGUGCGGCCGUGGCUGUGGCCGCUGUCCCCGGCAUUUCCCCUUCCUCCUCAUCCUCCUUCUCUUCCUCCUCCAGCACCCCCUCUGGCGCCCCCUCCAGCACCCCCUCAAGCAUGCGCGCCCCCUCAGCCAACAGCUCCUCGAGUGAAUCUCUUGAUGACAAACGCAAGCCCGCACCCAGUGCCCCGGCAAAGCCCCGGAAUUCGGCCUCUCGGCCAACUCUCGCUGCUUGGCAGGACUGCAUUGCCGUUUGUACGAGCCUCGGGGUUCAACCGGAAGACUGGUCGCAAGUGUCGCGCACCGGUCUGCCUGGUGAUCUGAAAACGCCCGGCCCGCCCAAUCAGUGGGCCAGCCUCUCGGAUCGACUGUUCCUCGAUUGCGUCGGCCCGGCCAUCUUCCACGGGCUGAAGGCCCUUACCGAGCUUCGUCCCGGGACCGAUCCCACCAUGGCCCUGGGGAUGUACUUGCUGGCUUUCUCCAAGCGCCGUGAUCCGGCCCGCGCCAAGGAGGCCCUGGUGGCGGCCCUGCGUUCGAGCAAGGGGAGUCCAUCGACCGGCAGCACCACAUCGUCGGCCGGCACUUCCGGCGGGAGUAAAAAGAAAGCUCCCCCGGCCGCGAGUGCCCCCAAGGCCACCUCGGCUGCCAAGCCGCCCGCGCCUCAAGCGCCCAAAUGUCCCACGGACCCGAGUGGACUUUCGGCCAUCCAGCCCACGGCCGAUCCAUCGACGCCCUCCCAGCCGAUGGUCAGUACUCCCAAGCGAAAGCCCUCAAAAUCGGGCAUCCCCACCGGGCUGUCACAUUCAACCGCCCCGGAGUCCAUCUCCCCCGCCAAGCGCCCGCGCCUGUUGAUAGGUGAGGCCUUCUCGGCUGCCAGCAAGGUGGUUCCGCUGCUGGGGAUCACAGAAUUGGAUGCCUCGUCGAGCCGGCCCCAGCCACCAUCACCACCAUCGUCACUGCCCAUGGCCCCGGCCCCGGCCCCGAGCUCGGUCCCAUUGCAUCCUUCCCCGCCGGGUGGAUCAUCCUCCUCCGGCACCGGGCCCCCCUCCAACUAG